CCUGUUAGCCAGCACCCCCCAUUAUGGGACUCGCAGCUGAACGUGCUCUACAUAUUUAAGAUGUUUAUGAUUAAGAGUGUAUGUAAAACUGCCAACUUAAAGAUGUCUAUCAGAUGUUUGUACACUGCAGAUGUGUACCUUUGCUAUCUUGUUCGAAACUAAACUUAGCAGGAAUGUUGCUCUUCAGGAACAGGAAUGAGAAACCUGCUUUACAGAUUCACAGACAUACCUGUUUUACACGUGUCACUCAAACACAGAAACAGGAAAUUAUUUUAUACAUUCUUUCUCAUAUUUCAUACUUUCUUUUCAACUCAUCAGUUCAGGGAAAGGACACUGAAGUCUAGUUGAGCUGUUGUGUAUUUGUGUCUCUGUAUUUAUGCAGUAACAUGGCAGGAGCCAGAGUUUCUCAGGAUGAGUUCACAUGUUCAGUGUGUCUGGAUCUCCUGAAGGAUCCAGUGACCAUCCAGUGUGGACACAGUUACUGUAAGAUCUGUAUUACAGACUGCUGGGAUCAGGAGGAUCAGAUGAGAGUCUACAGCUGUCCUCAGUGCAGACAGACCUUCAGUCCGAGACCUGCUUUAUCUAGAAACACCAUGCUGGCUGAAGUGGUGGAGAAACUGAAGAAGACCAGACUCUCUGAUGACUGUUACGCUGGAGCUGGAGAUGUGCAGUGUGAUGUCUGUACUGGAAGAAAAUACAAAGCCGUCAAGUCCUGUCUGGUGUGUCUGAACUCUUACUGUCAGAAUCACUUCGAAGAACAUGAGAGUUUGUUUAGAGGAAAGAGACACAGUUUGACCGAAGCCACUGGACGACUGCAGGAGAUGAUCUGCCAGAAACAUGAGAAGCUCCUUGAUGUUUUCUGUUGUACUGAUCAGAAAUGUAUAUGUGUGCUGUGUACGAUUAUUGAACAUAAACAUCACGACACUGUAUCAGCUGCAGCACAGAUGACAGAGACACAGAAGCAGCUGAAGGAGAUGCAGAAGACACUCCAGCAGAGAAUCCAGCAAAAAGAGAAAGGUCUUCAGCAGCUGAGGGAGGAUUUGGAGUCUCUUAAGCGCUCUGCACAGACAGCAGUGGAGGACAGUGAGAGGAUCUUUACUGAGCUCAUCCGCUCCAUUGAGAGAAGCCGCUCUGAGCUGAUACGACUGAUCAGAGAUCAGGAAAAGACUGCAGUGAGUCGAGAUGAAGAACGACUGGAGCGACUGGAGCAGGAGAUCAAUGAUCUGAGGAGGAGAGACGCUGAGCUGGAGCAGCUUUCACACACACAGGAUCACAUCCAGUUCCUGCAGGUAACACACAUCUAGAAGAACAGGAUCAUAGUGGACUUGAGCAGAUCCUGCUGUGACAGGAGACUCACAGAUAAACAUUUCACAUGUGUCUUACAUAAUCGUCAGUGAGACUACCAUUUGUUUAUGUUCAUUUGAAUGAGAGACAGGUUACAAAUGGCAUUCAGCUCUAGAAAUCUCUUAGAAAUCAUUUCUCUGAGCUAUUUCUUCUGGACGGUUUAUUUAGCUGUAAAAUCUGCUAGCACCACCAACAGUUCAACACUUCACUAACAUUUCAGCUUUUUAUCUUAUUUUUCCUUCCGAGUUAUUGCAUCAUGGUGAAAUCAGUGAACUUGACAGCGAAGAUUCUGAGUAACAUUCAUCUAAAAUUAGAUCAGGUGAUCCUCAAAGUUGAUGAAAUACAUUCUUUGAGUUUCCCUGAUUUUUGCGGCCUAAAAUAACUAAAUUUGUGAGGGAAGGUGAUAUUUGCAGCAUUUCAAAUUGUGUUGGUGUUUUGCAGUGAAAACUCAGCAAUAAACAUGAUAGAAAUAUUUAAAAAGUGCAUUUUCAGUAGAAUAACGUACAUAUUUUUCUAAUCUUUAAAAUCUAAUCUAGGCUUCUUGUGAAAUCUGGUUUUAUAGGGACAAGCAAAUAUUCUAUUACAAAACUGAUGUUCCCCUUCAGGAACUCAAGCUGCGUCAAGAAACACUUUGGCAACAACCCUAAUAGAGAAGCGACACAUCAUGAGCAGGGGUGACAUGAGCAACCAGGAAGCAUAAAAGUGCAUCCAAUUGUGUGCAGUUUAGCUUCUGCUCUUCAGUAGAGCUCUGUGUAUGUGUCAGUCUUAUUUACUAUUGUCUGUCAGUCCAUGAAGCAUGUCAAAAGCUAAAUCAAUCAAAGUCUCCUUGAGCGACCAGCAUUUCAGGUUUUUUGUUCCUCCCUGCCAUGAUAUCUGGCAGCAAGACGGGAUCCAAGACAGGCUCGUCCUUAUCUCGGUCCUCACCCGCUAGAUCCAUUGCUCCCUCACAGGGAUUGGAAAACCAUGUUGCGGAUUCUUCUCCCUAGAGAGAGCCAGGCACUUAAUCUAUCUUCCUCUGAGGAGGUGGAUGUGAGACAGAGAAGACUUUGGACUCAUCUACACAGUCUCUCGCAGAUCAUGUGAGAAACCUCAUUCAUCGCAUAUUUACAGCCUCAAAUUUUUCUAACAUCAUGGGGCUGAUUAAGAAGGGGUAUGGGGCAAUGCCAGUGGUGAAGCAGAUGCUUGCUAGUUAUCUCUACCCAUCUUCAGCAUUGUCCCUGAAGGCCCUGAAGCUUCUCACCAGGCCAGUGAGGCUGACAUUGGGUCUGGCUGUGAAAGUUUAUAUGGUGGUAGUUUUUUGUAUACCAUGGUGGUGCUACAAGCACACCAGGCUGACCUGCUCAAGGACCUGGAUGAGAAGGAGGAGGAGGAAUCCAACAUAGUAGCCAAACUGCAUCAGGCCACAGAUUUGUCCCCCUGGGCCACCAAAGAAACCGCCAAAGCCAUCGGCCAUCCAUUGGCAUUAAUGGUGGCCACAGAGCGGCAUCUGUGGAUGAAUCUGUCAGAUUUGCAAGACAAGCACAAGAUUUCAGGUGGCAGAAAGAACAGGGGUUGGGGCGACGCUCUCUCUGUCGGGGUCUUCGAGACAGAAAACGGAUCUGCGGACCGUUAUUUUAUCAAAGAAAACCUUGACAAAGCGAAAGGAUAACACCUCAAUAAACAGUUCCCAAUCAUUCUCAGUGCCCUCACAGAGCUUCACUAAUACCCCUGUUACCCUCGUUGCAUCAGUGAGCCCCAUUUCAGCAAGUUUCCCAGCUGUUGCCCGGCGACAGUAUGGCCAGGAGAGCCUAUCUCCUCAAGUGAGGACGCUAGAGCAGUCGA